AUGGCAGAGGCAUUAGAUGCCAACGCUACACUCUCGUUUUGGCAGAAGCUGGACCCCAGCCACGCUUGGUGGCUGUUCCUCGCGUUCUUCGUGGUCAUGAUUUGCAGCGUCGCUUCCUUUGCGGUGAGGCUCCAUCUGGAGCUAUGGAUCAAGCGCCACCACAUCAGGAAGCUACGUGCAAUGCCCCCAUCACAGAGGCGUGACGUGGAAAUGGGUCAGAAUGAGGAAGAGGUGGAUGGGGAGAGAGAGGGGGAGCGGCGGAGGGAGCGGAGGUGGUGGAAGACGGGGAAUAGGAGGACGGAGAGGGCGGUGAGGAACGGGUGGGUUUUGUUGAGCUGA